AUGUCUGUAACGUGUAUCAGGGGCCGGGAACUCCAAGCCGUGAAGCAAGGGCUGAAGCCAAUCAGCUCCCAGUACUUGCCUGCGCGGGCCACUGACAGAUCCCUCCCACAGCCAACCCCGUGCCCGCACUCUUCCUCCCCAGCCAAUGAGGUCGCAGCCUGCCCCGGCAGCGCCCGGGAGUUGCGUCGACCUCCGGGACCUGGAAGGAGCACGUUCAACAUCCAGGAUGGGGAGGACUUCCAGGACAGAGUCAUCAACAGUGCAAAGCCCGUGGUGAUAGAUUUUCAUGCGCAGUGGUGUGGCCCCUGCAAGAUCCUGGGCCCCAGGCUAGAGAAAAUGGUGGCCAAGCAGCAGGGGAAGGUGCUGAUGGCUAAGGUGGACAUCGAUGAUCACACAGACCUCGCCAUUGAAUAUGAGGCUGAGUUCCUUCUCCUCCAGUGCCCUGUUCUCAUCAGAGUUCUGACCAAGGUUUUUUCCCUACUGUCCUGCCUCUUCCUGACCAAUUGCCAGAAGACCAGAAAGAGAGAGGCCAACAAGGUUCUUUGGGUCUCUGCAGUUCCAACCGUGCUGGCCAUGAAGAACGGAGACGUGGUGGACAAGUUUGUAGGGAUAAAGGAUGAGGAUCAGCUGGAGGCGUUCCUUAAGAAACUCAUUGGAGCCUGAGGAAGAGGGAUGGCCAGUGAACAUGCCCAGACCUCUAGAAUUAUCCAUGUCUUAUGUUGUCUUAUCUGGGGAGGGGUAAGGGGAAGAUGAACUGCUUUGUAGAAUCUGUGCCCCCUUUUUUCCUUGUGAGGCUUGGGUUGGGGGAAGGGGGUUGCAGCCCAGCCUCUCCUCUGGGGCAGCAGUAUCCCUGAGCUGUGCUGAGGGAUGAAGAGAAAUGAGAAUGGUCAUCCUCAGAAAGUGGGGGGAGGAAAGCAGCUGGAAUAAGCCCUCCAGUUCUGUUAGGGAAAAGCUGGCAGCAAGGGAAAUGGGGCUGCUGCCAAAUUAAAGGAGGGAUGUUUAUCUUUUCAUCUGUUCUAUCCUGGCCCAGAGCAGGAGAUGACUACUUCUCUGCGGGGUGUGAGACACCCAUGUGGUCCAGGUGGAUUUGUUAAAGUAAGAGGACUGCUCUGCCUUGUGUGUGAAACCUACAUCCUUGUCCCUCCAUCCCUAUGUUCCUGGAAUGGGUCUUAAUGCUGUGCAGGUCCUUGGGCCCUUGCCAUGUUCUCCCCUGCUGCUGUUUUAUAAAGAUAAUGAAGAAAAAUGUC